GCACGGAUCAGGAUGGCAUUGUCCGCGUCAUGGCCAGGGAGGCGGUCGAGGAGCUCGGGGAGCUCGAGCGCGCGUUAUGAGGACGCAUGUCUACCCCGUAUCUGUCUCAAGCGCGGGAGGCUCGAGACGCCUGAGUCAAAAGAAGGGUAUGCUCGCUCUCGGUUCGUCUGGCGCAUCGCGAGGAUGGCCGUCUGAUCGCAGCCCAGUGGAGGGGGUGGGCAAGACUCGCACAAAAUUGUUCGCCUCGCCUCGCUCAUAGGGAUGCACACCUCGAUCGCACGCGCGCUAUGCGAUGGCCACAGGCGG